CUGAUGGAAAACUACACGUACAACAGCUUCAUACUUCAGAUAGAAGGGUUAAAGGUCUCAAAGGAUUCCAUGUACCCUGUUUUUUUCUUUUUCCUCAUUGCCUACAUUGUUAUAAUGGCUCUGAAUAUAGGCAUUUCAAUUAUAAUUUUGAUUGACAAGAACCUUCACCAGCCUAUGUAUGUCAUUUUCUGCAACCUGUCAGUCAGUGACAUGAUUGGUAGUACUAAUAUUGUGCCCCGUUUGCUUGCGGAUAUUUUAGUGCCUCCAUCUCAGCGUCUCAUCACUUAUUAUCAAUGUGUGGUCCAAGCUUUCAUUUCACACUUGUUUGGUACAACUUCCCAAACUGUGCUCAUGAUUAUGGCCUAUGACAGAUACGUGGCCAUUUGCAAUCCACUGCACUAUGCUUCCAUAAUGACCACCAAAAUGGUGAUUAAGCUGACAGUUGCUGCUUGGGGAGUGGCCUUCGUUUUGGUGGGGAUUCUGCUCGGUCUGACCAUACGUCUCAACCGAUGCAGGACUGUGAUCAUGAAUCCUUUCUGUGACAAUGCUUCCCUGUUUAAGCUCUCCUGUGAGAGUGUGUUGAUCAAUAACGUCUAUGGUCUCACUUAUACUGUAGUGUUGAAAGCCGCCUCUAUAGGCAGCACAAUUCUCACAUAUGCUAAGAUAACAAUGGUCUGCAUGAGUGGUAAAAACAAGUCUGUGAACAAGAAAGCCUUGAAGACCUGCAGCACUCACUUGGUUGUGUAUCUGAUCAUGUUGAUCAGUGGAUUUAUUGUCAUUAUUCUGCAUCGUUUCCCUCAAUACGCAGACUACAGAAAACUUGCCACCAUUUUGUUUGUGAUUGUCCCUGGCAGCCUUAACACCAUUAUUUAUGGGGUGCAGUCUAAAGAGAUAAGAAAAUUCUUAUAUGAAAUGUUUCAUAAGAACAAGUGCUUUGCAUUGUGUAAAAAAUAAAAGUUUACCUUAUCAAUAUGUAAAUAAAUGUAUGUAGAUGAAUGACUGCAAGGGAUUCAACUUAUGUUUAUAAAUGAAAUGAUAAAACAUGACAUUGAUUCAAACAAUAUGAACAGCUUUGUUGUAAAGGUCGAACAAAAUGUGUUGAUCAACACAAUACAAACACAGAAAGGGCAUAAAGAUAUAAAAAGUUAACACAAAGUUUCGGAAAUAGCUACACAAGGUUAUAAUUAAUAUCCUAUGAUAUGGCCAAAUGAGAUAAUUUUCAAUUUUAAGAUGACUGAAAUUCCACAGAAAUGGGGUACAUGUCUAUUUUUCUAUCUCACCCUGAGUGUGGGAGAGACUGAGUGAUUGAGAGAGACGAGCUCAAAACACCAACUGCCAGGACUAUGAUGUAACAUAAAGUUAAAUAGUAGGUAGAAAGCUCUGUUAUGGCCUGUGCCAUCAUUGUUUAUCACAAGUAAAAAUGUACUGUAACUUGGGAACAACAAUUUGUUACCACAUGGCCUGUCUUCUCAAUCUCUCACAAAGUUAACAUUGCAUUACCUACAGGCAUCAAAAUAUUAACUAAAUUAGGUAGCUUGCAAACCUAGCCAGGUGGCACAAAGCUGGCGAGAAACUGAAACUAGCUUCCUGAAACACAGCUUACAGUAUAUAGCCAAUAUUCAUAGCUAAUAUUUGCUGAAUCUCUUGGCUGAGGGGUCAAGAGAUUUCUGAAGGGCUUUGGUACAGAAGCAUAUUGCUAACUUUAGCUAGCUAGAUCUUCUAGAGUCACUUAUACUCAGCUGUAUGCUUCCUGUCUGAGUACUGAUAGAAGUUUAAUGUGGUCUGAAACUUCUUCCCUCACAUACAACCACAGUAAUUAUGUUAACAAAUAAUGGACUGGGAAUUUAGUGAUAUCCCAUCAGUUGUGGUGUUGGCUGGUUUUGAAAUAAGACCCAGAGUCCUCUUUGUGUGAGAGAGAGACCAGAUUGAGUAAAAAUGUUAUCCUUCAUUCACAGAAGUAAUUCUGUGCCGGACAAUAGACAUCACCAGUGAAUCUGCUAAUUAGCCUACUAACAGAGCUCUUUUAUGGAGAGCCAGUUCACUUCCUAUUGAUGUCAUUGUUCUGAAAUGGGUUGCAAUUCAGCAAGAGGGCAUACACAAGGUCAUUCUCAGUGAAUGGAGCUAAAUGGCUAAAAUAACUACUUAAACCUACUAGACAAUAAGCCCAAAUUUUAUUUUAGUUUUUGCAAAUAUAGUGUCAAUUAUAUAUCAGAACUGAAAAUAAAAAAUGCUAAUGUCAGUUCAUUUUUCUUACAGGGAAGAUGGUUUUGUCCAUUAAGUGCUAGCAUUUUGCUCAUGUAUGCUGAAUGGUCGUUUAAGGAUUUACAACUCGUAAUGUUACAUUACAGUAAGAUAAUUUCAAUUACCAUUAUGUAAACAUAAUGACAAUAAUACAGUUUCAGUUAUUGUCUGUACUACAGUCCUUAUGUAUUUUUCUAAUAGCUACAGUACUCGUUAGACGUGUGGUUAAAACAAAACAAAAACUUUUUUUUUUUGGUUCCAGCUGUGUCCAUGGUAACACCCGUCACGUAUCAAUUGCUUGUUUGAAGUGGGAAACCACAAUGGCAAAUGCCAUAAACUGGCACAUGAUGCCACAAAUACUUACAGAAAGGCGUUUCACUACAAAAAUGCUGUGAAAAUCUAACCUAAUCCUUUUUUUCUACCACUUAGAUAGAUAGAUAGAUAAAUACUUCAUUGGUCCCGAGGGAAAUUCUUAUACCAAACUUAUACCAAAAAACAUAAUGGAAAUGAUCGAAAAGUUUUUUUUCACCCCCUAAAAGUUCCUUGGAGUGCACAUCACAGAAGACCUCACGUGGACCACAAACACCACCUCCCUGGUCAAAAAAGCACAGGCACGACUCCAUUUCCUGCGGAGGAUGAGAAGAGCUGACCUCCCCACAUCUGCACUCACCAUCUUCUACAGGGAAACCAUCGAGAGCAUCCUGACCAGCAGCCUCUCUGUCUGGCAGGCAGCUGUCUAGCUGCAGACA